AUGUAUAGCAUUCUCGGUCCCGCUCUGUUUGCGUCUCUCGUGGCAGCCCACGGUCACGUCACCAACAUCGUUAUCAACGGUGUCUCUUUCGAUGGAUGGGACAUAGGAAGUUACCCUUACACAGACUCGCCUCCAGUCGUGGUUGCUUGGGGUACCCCAAACACUGCCAAUGGCUUCAUCAGUCCAGAUGCGUACGAUACAUCGGAUAUUAUCUGCCAUCUUGAUGCUACUAAUGCUAAAGGUCACGCGGUAGUAGCCGCCGGUGAUCGAGUCUUUCUCCAAUGGACUCCCAACUGGCCAGAAUCGCAUCAUGGACCGAUCAUCGAUUACCUCGCUAGUUGUGGAGCGAGCGGCUGUGAAACUGUGGACAAAACUAAGCUUGAAUUCUUCAAGAUUAGUGGUGUCGGCUUAGUUGAUGGAACAAAUGUUCCAGGGAUUUGGGCCGAUGAUCAACUGAUAGCCCACGAGUCGGGAUGGAUGGUCGAGAUUCCUUCCGACAUUGCUCCUGGGCAUUAUGUCUUGAGACAUGAAAUCAUCGCACUCCAUGGUGCAGGUACUGAGGGUGGGACCCAGAAUUAUCCCCAAUGCUUCAACCUACAAAUCACCGGCUCGGGCUCGGCCAAGCCAGCAGGUGUUUUGGGUACUGAUCUGUACAGCCCAACGGAUCCUGGCAUCCUCGUGAACAUUUACUCCUCUCUGUCAACCUAUAUUGUCCCGGGGCCAACCCUUUACAGUGGUGCAGUCUCAAUCACACAAACUACUUCGGCAAUUACCGCAACUGGCACCCCAGUGACAGGGACGGGUGGUACUACCGGUGGCACUAAAACCACUACAACCUCCAAGACCACCACCACAACACUACGGACUACCACCACUAGUAAGGCCACAACCACCACCACCACUUCUGCUGGUGGGAGUAGCGCAACCCAAACUGCCUACGGCCAGUGCGGGGGAGCGGGCUGGACAGGGCCGACUAUCUGUGCGCCACCGGCAGCUUGUUCUUCGUCAAACCAGUGGUAUUCCCAGUGCCUUCCAACUGCUGCUUAG